AUACAAAGCAGUACCGAUUGAACUUUUAGCGUGUAGUGGGCGGAGCUCGCGCGCCUGAAACUCAAGCCAACUCUGUUUUCAUUGAAGCUCGCAAUUCACGAACAAACCAGAUAUCGAAGAAGAAGAAGAAGAAGAAAAUGGUGAAGGUGCGCAUGAACACGGCCGAUGUGGCCGCAGAGGUGAAGUGCUUGCGUAGGCUAAUCGGCAUGCGUUGCUCCAAUGUUUAUGAUCUUUCUCCCAAGACAUAUGUGUUCAAGUUGAUGAAUAGUAGUGGAGUCACGGAGUCCGGCGAGAGCGAGAAAGUCCUUUUGUUGAUGGAAAGUGGUGCUAGAUUGCACACCACCGCAUAUGUUAGGGACAAAAGUAAUACGCCCUCGGGGUUUACUCUCAAAUUAAGGAAGCAUAUACGCACCAGAAGGCUUGAGGAUGUACGGCAACUUGGAUAUGAUCGGAUUAUUCUCUUUCAAUUUGGAUUGGGUGCAAAUGCAAGCUAUGUUAUAUUGGAGCUGUAUGCUCAUGGAAACAUUCUACUAACAGAUUCUGAUUUUAUGGUCAUGACCCUUCUUCGGUCCCACAGGGAUGAUGAUAAAGGGGUUGCAAUCAUGUCACGCCAUCGUUAUCCUACUGAAAUUUGUCGAGUUUUUGAGCGAACCACUGCUGCAAAGUUACAUGCAGCCCUUACUUCUUCCAAGGAGCAGCCCUUACAAGCAGCCCUUACUUCUUCCAAGGAGCCUGGUAACAAAGAACCUGUUGAGAAUAAUGAUGCUAGAACUAAUGUGUCUGCUGCACCAAAAGAAAAGCAGGGCCGUAAAGGUGGGAAAUCAUCUGAGUCAAGUAAAAAUACCGGCGAUGGUACUCAUGCCAAACAGGCCAUGUUGAAAACUGUCCUUGGGGAGGGACUUGGUUAUGGACCUGCACUUGCUGAGCAUAUUAUACUCGAUGCUGAUCUAAUUCCUAAUACAAAAGUUCCUAAAGAUAACAAAUGGGAUGAUCAUACAGUUCAGGCUUUGCUCCAAGCUGUUACAAAGUUUGAGGACUGGCUAGAGGAUAUUAUUUCUGGAGACAAAGUUCCUGAAGGAUUCAUAUUGCAGAAGCAAACUUCUGAACCAGGAAAUACUGGGCAGGUUACUUUGAUUUACAAUGAUUUCUGCCCCAUUUUACUGAACCAGUUCAAGACUAAGGAGUAUGUGAAGUUUGAAACAUUUGAUGCAGCUUUGGAUGAGUUCUACAGCAAAAUUGAGGGUCAAAAGGUAGAACACCAGCAAAAGGCAAAAGAGAACUCUGCCAUCCAGAAACUGAAUAAAAUACGCUUGGAUCAGGAAAAUCGUGUGCAUACACUAAGGAGUGAAGUUGAUCGUAGUGUUCAAAUGGCGGAGUUGAUAGAAUACAACUUGGAAGAUGUGGAUGCUGCAAUAUUAGCUGUGCGUGUAGCUCUUGCAAAGGGCAUGAAUUGGGAGGACCUUGCUCGUAUGGUGAAGGAGGAGAGGAAAUCUGGAAACCCUGUGGCUGGCCUCAUUGACAAGCUCCAUCUUGAAAGAAAUUGUAUGACAUUGCUGUUGAGCAACAAUCUUGAUGAAAUGGAUGAUGAUGAGAAGACACUCCCAGCGGAUAAGGUUGAAGUUGAUUUAGCUCUUUCAGCGCAUGCCAAUGCUCGGCGGUGGUAUGAAAUGAAGAAAAAACAGGAGAGCAAACAUGAAAAGACCAUUACAUCACAUGAUAAAGCUUUUAAAGCUGCUGAAAGAAAGACUCGUCUACAGCUUUCACAGGAAAAAGCUGUUGCCACAAUUUCACAUAUGCGCAAGGUUCACUGGUUUGAAAAAUUCAAUUGGUUCAUCAGCAGUGAGAACUAUUUGGUUAUCAGUGGCCGUGAUGCUCAACAGAAUGAGAUGAUAGUCAAACGCUAUAUGUCAAAAGGAGAUCUGUAUGUCCAUGCAGAUCUGCAUGGAGCUUCCAGUACUGUGAUAAAAAAUCACAGGCCUGAACAACCAGUACCUCCUCUGACUUUAAACCAAACAGGAUGUUUCACGGUUUGCCAUAGUCAGGCAUGGGAUUCAAAGAUCGUCACUAGCGCUUGGUGGGUUUAUCCUCACCAGGUCAGUAAAACUGCUCCUACUGGGGAAUAUCUUACAGUCGGGAGUUUUAUGAUCCGUGGGAAGAAAAACUUUCUUCCUCCUCACCCUCUUAUUAUGGGCUUUGGGUUGUUAUUUCGCUUGGAUGAGAGCUCCUUGGGAUCACAUUUAAAUGAAAGGAGGGUAAGAGGAGAAGAGGAAGGGAUAAAUGAUGUUGAAGAAAGUCAUCUUCUCGAAGAAAAAUCUGAUUCAGAGUCAGAGAAUGAAGCCACAGAUGAAACACUUAAAGUAGAACUGGAAAGCAUUCCUGAUUCAUCUGCAGAUCUACUUAAAUCAGUAUUUGAGGGAUCUGCAGUUGAAGAUGCUCAUAGUGGCUCAACUACCACCAAUGCUAAAGAAGCUAUUGAUUCACAUGAUUUGCCUGUUGAGGAGAGGACCACCUUGGGUGGUGUUAAUAAGGAAAAUUUAUCUGGUAAUGCUAGAAAUGUUGUUGCUCCAGUCAACCCGCAACUUGAGGACCUCAUUGAUCGAGCUCUUGGGCUAGGAUCUGCUAGUAUAUCUGGUAAAAGUUAUGAGCUUGAAGCUUCCCACAUUGAUCCUUUCGAGGAGCAUAAUCAUGAAGAGAGGAAAGCUAUAGUCAAAGAUAAACCUUAUAUCUCAAAGGCCGAAAGAAGAAAGCUCAAGAAAGACCAGAACAAUGCGGGUGUAGAUGCAAAUGUUGAGCAGGAAACUGAAAAACCAAAAGAAGCUGAUGCUUCUGUCGGUUAUCAAGAGAAAAAAGUUCAAACUACAAAGCCAGGUGUUGUCAAAAUCAGUCGUGGGCAGAGAGGUAAACUCAAGAAGAUGAAGGAGAAGUAUGCCGAUCAAGAUGAGGAAGAAAGGAACCUUCGUAUGGCUUUACUGGCUUCUGCUGGAAAAAUAAACAAGACAGAUGGAGAGACAAAAAAUGAAAAUGCAGUUACAGUCAAAGGGAAGAAACCUGAUAGUGGUCCUUCUGAUGCUCCAAAAAUAUGUUACAAGUGUAAGAAGGCUGGUCACCUGGCCCGGGACUGUCAAGAGCAUCCAGAUGGAUCUUCGUAUAGUCAUUCAAAUGGUAGUUUUGAAGGCGAUUCCCAUGUGGUUUUGGGUGAUACUGCCUCUGUAAUGGACAGGGUGGCUAUGGAAGAGGAUGAUAUCCAUGAGAUUGGUGAAGACGAGAAGGGGAAAUUGAAUGAUGUUGAUUACUUGACUGGGAAUCCACUGCCUAGUGAUGUUCUCUUAUAUGCUGUGCCUGUCUGUGCUCCGUACAAUGCAGUUCAAUCAUAUAAAUACCGUGUCAAGAUAAUUCCAGGCACUGCAAAGAAAGGGAAAGCUGCAAAAACCGCCAUGAGUUUGUUUAGCCACAUGCCAGAAGCAUCAACUAGAGAGAAGGAAUUGAUGAAAGCAUGUACAGACCCUGAGCUAGUUGCUGCAAUUGUUGGCAAUGUAAAGGUAACUUCUGCGGGACUGACUCAGUUGAAACAGAAGCAAAAGAAAGGUAAGAAGAGCAGCAAAGGAAGCUAGCCAGCUUGGUGUGCAGUGGGUGUUUCUGAAAUCAAGCAGAGGGUCUUCAAAUUUGGCAUGUCACCAUCAUGUUUAUGCUUUUUGUGGAAGUUCAGUUUUGUUCUCAGAUUAGGACUUCUGAAAACUAGCCCCUUCAAUCUACUUGGGGGGAAAAAAAUAUGAGUGUAUUUACAAAAAUGAGAAAACUAGCCCCCUCCUUGGCUCCUUUUUUU